AUGUACAUACUGCGUGGUACGCAUCCAACAUGUGGCCGUCCAUUAUGCAAUCUUGUGUUAGUUGAUAAAGAUAAGAAAAAAGCAUUGUUUGAAAAAUACAUGACAGGCCGGAUUGAUGUCAGAGAUUAUGGAAAACUUCUAUAUUCAGGAUUGGGUGAAGAUCCUCCACAAAACAUAAGAGAUAAAAUUAGAGAGGAAUAUGGAGCUGAUUUUCAACCCAAACCAAGUUUUACCAUACAUCCAUCUGAACGGAAAGGAAAUGUUUAUUUUGUGCGUAUAAGAAAUUAUAGUGGUUAUUUUUCGUUCAUCACUGGUAGUGGUCCAGCUUGGUAUUAUGUCUUGGUUGAUAAAGAUAAGAAGAAAGAAUUUCUUGAAAAGACUGGCGAAAUUAAUGUCAAAAAAUAUGGAAAAGUUUUAUAUUCAGGAUGGGGUAUAUUUCCUCCAAAAGAUAUUAAAGACAAAAUGAUUAAGGAAUAUGGGAUUGAUGAAUAA